AUGUCUGAUGAUGACGGCAUGAGUGUAGCCAAUGUCAAGGAAGACAAACCCGAGCCUGUACCCUUCUGGGAGUGCCUCAAGCCCGCCACCUCGACGAUUGAGUGCGGCAAGGCCUUCAGCUUCGACCCGAUUGGCGACCUGACCCUUAGAGUUGGCGAGGAUGGAGUCGCCUACGAGUUCGUCGUCUGCUCCCGAACACUCUCUCGGUGGUCACCAGUGUUCCGCACCAUGCUCUUCGGUGGCUUCGCAGAGUCAAGGCCUGCUGACGCCGUCUGGAGCGUCAGCCUACCCGAAGACCUUCCCUCAGCUAUGUUCCUUGUCCUGAGCAUCAUACACGGCUGCUUCGAGCAUGUGCCGACAUCACUGAGUCAAUUCGAACUGUACCAGACGCUAGCCGUGACGGAGAAAUACGACAUGACAAAGAUAGUGCGGCCGUGGGCGGCUCAGUGGUUUAAGCCAUACAAGAAGAUUUCUUCAAUCAAGGGCAACGAGAUACUUCUCUGGGUUUCCUGGGAACUCGGAUAUGCAGAGAACUUCCGCUCGCUUGCAAAGGACCUUCUUCUCAGCUCCUCGGUCAACGACGAGGGACAGCUAGUUGGCCACGAUGGGGUCGCCCUUAGCACAUACAGCUGUUUAGAGCCACCCGGAAUCCUCGAGACAGUCACAAAGCACAGGCAAGAGCUUGUCAGCCAAAUGAUCAAAGCCAUUUUUAUACCGUGA